AUGUUUGAGGAUUUAAGGGGCUCUUAUGAGGAGUUCAUGAAGAGAUCACCUAAGACUUAUCAUUAUAGAACGUUCAAGGUUGUCAGUCCGAUUAGCGAAGAAAGAGCCGCUUAUCUGAGGGGACAUACUGGCCUCUGGUGGGUUGUCCCUGUCAAGGUGGGAGAUCUCGGUAUCAUUCACACUGGAGGAAACAACUCCCUUAACGGCAAAUUAAUCGACUACUUAAAUGUCCAACUACUUCGCAAAACCGAGAAAGGCCUUGACACAGGAGAUGGAACGCCUGAUCUGUAUGGCCUUGCUGGAUUGUGCCAAGUCCCGCUGGCAAACAUUCAACUUGGAGCUCUCCUCUUACGGCCAGGAAAGUUAGAUGUUGUGCCGGUAAAUCCACGACUACAGUUCAAUAGCAUCUUCAAGAAUUUCGACUGCUACGUUACCUCAGUAGAGGUUCCAGAAGACUUGAGCCCUCCCGAUCUCUGGAUCAGAACGAAAGCGCCUCCAAUUGCUGAAAUGCCGGCGAUCUGGAGCUUUCGAACGCACCGCACGACGAUUUUCAAAGAAAAAGCUACCAGUAGCGAGCGUAUUCAGCUCUUCCGUCAUCGCCAACGUCCUCAAGAUGCUCCAAGAAUUCUUGCGCUUAGUAUAAUGGUUCCAUGCAAAGUAGGGCCUUUUGACUCUUGGGAUCAAGCAUUUCGCGUUGGAAUACGUAUUGAGUUCCAAGAUGAAGGGACUUGGAAAACCAGCUGGCAAUGGAAGCCGGAGAAUAACCCCUUCAGGGAUAACCUCGCUCAAGCCGUUUGGGCUCCCUGUAGAAUUAGGCUCUUUGCGGCCGACUUCGACUUUCACAACCAGCAUCUUGUUAUUCAUGAACCCCAGCCAGUGUGGAUGAAAUGCCCCAAGCUUCUGACAUCCGAAGAGACUUCACUGGAAAUUAUACGCAAGUUUCCUGCAUUAGAUAUCGGGAGCCCGCCGAACUUGGACUUGCUACAUGCGUCAGAUCGAAGCCACCAUCGGAAGUGUGAUCUGUGUGUGAUGCUGCAAAGCCCCACAGGCUUAUGCCAGAGAUGCAUACGGGAGAGGAAGACCAUCUCAAUUUCCACAGGGAGGUAUUACCUCCAAUGCCCACUGUCAGAGAGUCUUGGCCGGCUCUGCACGUUUAUAGAGGACUUUUGGGAAAACCCAGAUCUGAGACGUCUUUCAUUUCGCUUUUCAACCAAGAAUGGUAAUCCUAUCCGAUGCAUCGAGCACCCUCCCGGGGCGUAGUCUAAGACUUAGGACUCUGAGUUGUGGGACGGAAAUAAACUAAUCAAAAUUAUCCUCAGUUUAACGUGUAUGAUAAGCGAGUGAGCCAGACAAGCAAGUGAGCC